AGAACCAGCUCCAGGAGUAGCACUACCUAAAACAACUUAGCACCAUAACUAGUAGUAGUACUAGUAUUAGCUACAGCGUGUUGUGAUGUCGUUUCCUUUUGUAGAUGAUGUCGUUUUCUUUUGGUUGCUUGGAUAGAGUUUGAGAUUUUGUUGACCGUUUUCUGUUCGUGUUGAGCGCGCACCAAGAAGGGUUUUUCUUGUUUCAAUUUUCAUUCCAAAAAGCAGAACUAGGAACCAUGGCAUCAACUAAGCCGCGCCGAUCUUCGAUGUUGGGCUGAAGACUCAUAGACGGCAUUCGUUGUCAUCUUACCCUCACGUACAAUUGUUCCCCAGUAUACCUUUUUAAAGCGGAGGCUUAGUUCUUGCGGCUGGGCUUGGGUUUGCGACCAUUUUUAUUACGAUUACCGCUGCUCACAAGCUGAAAGACAUUUCCGAGUCAGCGGAAGUGGACAAGAAGAUGCUCGGUGGAAUCCGGUUUCGCAUAUUUGCGAGACGGAGCAAAAGCAGACUCCAACAGAUGAUCUACAAAAAAUACAUCAUGUAUUUGAGGAACGACGCCAAAACUGGAGUUUUUUCAGGUAUCACUGUAAGAACAGACACUAAAAGUAGUAGUUUAAGUUCUUGAAGACGAAGAGAUCGAGCCUGCAUGAUUUUUAUAGGGACAAGAACUGAGUGAGAGUGUGAGUCGACCAUGCGUAGCUAGCCCUCGUAGAUGAAGUGGUGGAUCAAUACAGAAUGGUUUUAGUUUUCAUCGACUUUUUCAUGUUCGUGUUCCCUCCCGAUCCAUCACCAGUCGGCAUACCUUAGAAUUUCAUCAAUUUUUCCCUCCCCAUCACCAGUUGGCAUACCUUACGUUUCGACGGUUUUCGUGCUAAUGUAUGUUGGGACAUUGAUUGGGGAUAAGCAGACGGAAAUAUCGUAUGAUCGCAAGCAAAAAGUAACCCAACGCGAACUCACACUAGCACAAGAAAACGAUUUAUUACGCCAUUGGAUGAUUGAAACUGAGAAGGAGUAUCAGAACGUACCCGUUCCGGGAGGUAGGGGCUCGCAAAGCCUCAUCGAAAAAGGAAGACAAGAAGAAGCAAGACAUUAUGGUACGGAAGAUACCAAGACGUGAGGUCUGAUGAAAAGAUGAAGAAAACAAGAGGUAAAAGUAUUUUUCGGUUCGACGCGAUUAUCGAAGUCGGACUCAAUCUACUUAGAAUAAAACCUCCAGUUCUCUAUUUAAGCAAGUGACUUGGUAAUAUGAAAAGAUUUACACGAUUCCCGUAACCUUUGCGGGAUGUUGUUCCACAGGGUAGCUCUUACUCU